UCAUUUUACGUUUUGUUUAUGUCCGGCUAUAAUUCGACCAGCAGAUGUGUUUCUUGUUAUUUAUACGCGAUGUUAAUAAUAAAGCUAUAAAUAAAGCGGUCUCUGGUCCAAAAUUUCGAAAAGUAUCGUUCCGUUAUUGCAAAAGUCGUGGCUUCGCUUUUCUCUCAAGUGUAUCGAAUUUCAGUGUUGAACUUAAUGGCAAACAUUUGUAUGUUUAUGUUUAAUGAUGAUGAGACCGUAAUGUCUUGUCCUGUUUACCCACCCAGAAAUGGCACCAUUGCGCAACGAGCUCGACCCAUAAAGCUGGAUCACAACAUGAUUGCCGUCACCCAUAGUGGAUUGCCUGAACCAUACGCGAGAAGUUGCCCAAAGAUAACAGGUGCUUAACCAAGACACAGACGUUUUUAAUUUAUUAAUUUAAGAGUGCGAGCUUCCUCGCGUUUGAUUGUGAUCUAGUUGUAAAACCCGUGAUAUUAUGCAUAAUUUAAACGUAAACUUGGCCUCGACGGCCGCCAGCGCCGCAGGAUUAAACAUCCUAGUGGAUAGUACGGCUACACCCCGUACUCCGGAGAUCCUGAAUUCGCUCAUAGCCAUGACAAAUCCGAUGGAUAAUUACUCGUUCGGAAACAACACGACGAAGACGUCGUCGAAGCCUCCCACGAAUCUGUCGAGCGAUUCCAAUAGUUCCAGCAGUAGUCAGAUGGAAUCGCCGACCACGAAUCCGCCCAGCGUCCAACAGACAUGCUCUCAACUUAUCAAAGCUGGACUCAAACUGUCGAUCGAGCAGAAACGAAAACUUCAAAGCGACGGCGAAGACCUCCUCGACCUCGAUAAGUGCAAACGAAUCAAAAAGAACGAAUGUAGUGAGUCCGAGGAGGAUAGAAACAAACAGGAUGGGAUGCAAAAUUGGACGUGGUACGAAAUUGAUGAUUAUUCAAAACUAACGCCCGAAGACGAAGAGCGCCGCCGCCGUCGCCGCGAGCGCAACAAAAUCGCGGCGACAAAAUGUCGCUUGAAGAAACGCGAGAAGACCGCGAACCUCGUCAACGAAUCUGAAACGCUAGAAACUCAGAAUAUCGACCUGAAAACGCAACUGCAAGAGCUCCAGAACCAGAAGCGCAGCUUGCUAGACAUGUUGAAUCACCAUAGGCCCCUUUGCCAGCAAAACAUCAACCCCGUGACUCGCGAGAGCAUUUAUCGACUACCUCCGGUCGGUUCCGUCAUCGACAGCCAUUCCUACAGCCGGCCAGCCUCUGUGGAUCCCAGCUUCAGGACGCAGAACAUGGAGGCGUUCAGCCGUCCCGCAAGCGUGGGAGUGCCCAGCGUCACGUACGCGCGCUCAAACGUGAACUUUAAAGCGCCGAGUAUCGUGAUCGAGGAGGUGACAGAGUACCAGCCUCAGCUGACCAACCUGGAUAACCCCCUUAACUCUUACCAUUACAACAGCCAGUGUCACAACUACUCCAACCAGAACUACACCACGUCCGGGAUGGAUAAUGGGUGUAUGGCAUAGCCCUUUUCGAAAGUUUUACUGUACUUUGUAGUGUGAAUAUUUUUUAUACUUAUGCAUAAGAACGGAUUCGAACCAGUUAUGUUUGGGACUCCGGAACAGACGCACACUCAUCUUCCACACCUCGUUAGGACUGGGUGGUGGUAUUAUUAGACAUCCGUCCGUUAUUUCGUGUCCUAUCAGAUUAAAAACGGGAAAUGAGGUUGGGUAGUUUAAGUACAUAGCUUCCAUUUUAUAGCCAAUUAGAAUUUUUGUACGUGUAGCGUGUGCAGGGUGGGGUGUCGAGCAUAACUGCGAAUUCUCUUGUUAUUGUUAAGUGUCACCUCAUUUGUUACCAGAUCUGAAGAAAAGCUACCAAUGUUAAGAGUUAUAUUAAUUGUUAAAAUAUUUUAAUGUUGGUUUACAAUUUCUUAGCAUUCCAGUGGAUAGAAAUAGUAUUUCUUACUUCAUAUUAUUUAUGUUAUUUUUGUAUAUUACUGCCAAAUUUUUACCUAUUUUUACUUUUAAUAUUAUUGUGUGUUGAAAAUAUUUAAUAUUGUUUUUAUUACAUAUUUUUCUAUUUUACUUUUUAGGUAUUUUAGUCGUAAACUGUGUCUUGUACCUUUUACUUCCAUUUACCUCUUUUAGAUUUAGAAGAGCAAGAGCAGCGCAUUUUGGCGCACUACACCUUUUAUUUAUGAAUGCGGUGCUUUUGCUGAUUUCAGAAAUAAUCUUGGACACGUAUUUUAGUUACUUAGGCAAUUUAUUUGCAUAAAUUUGCUUUAAGAACUUUGCUUUAAUCACACAUAACAUGCUUUGUAGUACAAGGUCGCCAAAUUUUGUACUACUUCAUCCUUUUUUGUAUUAUUUUUAAACAGUGCCUUAUUGUUACACUCAGAAACAAUAAAUUGGCAUGUGUUUUUUAUUUUAAAUUAAAAGACAACUUUUAAAAUUGUGAUAUUGAUGUUGCAUCAUCUAUAAAUUUAAGAACUAAAUUCUAAUUUUAGAAAAAAAAUCAAAAAUAAACAUGUGCCAUCACCAGCUUUUUCUACACACACUUCAAGUUUUUAUAAAACUUUUUAAACCGUUUUACAGCCUUGGUGAAUUCAUUUGUAUAAACGAUUUAAUGCCGAUUUGGUUGAUAUUAACUCUGAAAUACUGGUGCAGAACUAAUUACCUUUGCGUUACCUGUACUUCUAAUAAAACGGGUAAAUUAAUAAUAUUUUUGAAAUUGUGCCUUAAUCUGUGACUUGAAAACACAAAUAAAUUCAUGAUAUUACCCAUAA